CGUAAAGAUGGCUGACCAUCGUCAGUAAGUAAGGGAGAAAAAACGACACAGAAAUUUAUUUCACUACGUUGAGAAAGGAUGGCGUCGUCUACCAAUGCUACUGACCCGGUGCAAGAAAAAAAUCCUGUUGGCAUGGUUACCCUUCCAAUAGUGGACACAGAAAAUGUUUCCUGGACUAGGUUACUGGACCAGCCAGGAAUAACUUUCCAGUCGAUCCCUGUCCUAGACCUAAAUGGCCAGCCGAUCACAGUGAAUGUCAACACCAUUGACAAUCACAUACAAGUGUCAGCAUCUGGUAUCACAAGACUGGCUUCCAGUGAUGUUACUGUCACGCACACAGAGGGACAAAACUCAGAUGUGAUGACCAAGAGCGGUAGUCAGGGUAACAGCUACUCUGUGCCUAGUAGCCAUCUGUCCUCAGUAUUUAGUGAGGGUAUGCAAGUGAGUAUUGUUUCCACUCAGGAUGGCCUUCCCUCGUCCUCCUGUAUGCUGGAAUUGAUGGAUGACUCUUAUCAACCUGGCAACGAGACAACAUUCACAAAUGUCGAGGAGGCCAGCAUUUUACCUAAGGAGCAUCUGCAACAACCUGGUGGCACAGGGUUGCCUAAAACAAGUUCGGAAGAGAUAUUUUCAAACAUCCAAGCUUUUCUGUCUGACUCAAUUCUCAAUGCCAUUCUCAGCAUAAAGUCCACAUUUUUGGAUGACCUCCAGAGUCGUAACAGCCUUAUCUGGCACAGAGAAGUCAACGCCUGGUGUGUGUCCGGCAAACUGUCAGAGCUCCUAGGCCUACAGUGUAAACUCCUAAACCUGCUCAAAGGAAGCAGAAAACAUGGUGGUGGUGGAGACGAAGAGACGUGUACAACCAGUGACAAAUGUGUACAGACUGAACCCACCAGUGCCUCGGACUUCUCUGCCAUGUGUGACAUCCUGGUCCCCACUGUAUCUGCAUAUGGGCGGGGCAUCAGGCAACCCGCAAGGUUUAAUCAGUACAGUUUUGUGGCAGAGGCUGAUGACAGCCAGGAGGAGGAGCGACCAAAGAGAUCACGCAGAAAGAGGAAGGUAUUGCAGCUCUUCAAACAUAUAAUGACUGAAAAUGGACAAAUUUCAGACAGUAAAGCACCCCAGUCUGUAACAAAUUCACAAUCGGCUACAGUAGAGAAGGUCAACUACUUCCUGUCUGGCAGUGAUAGUAAUGCCAACCAACAACCAGAUGAGGGGAAUAGAGAGUAUAGUGGAAAUCAAGGGGAAGCAGACAAGCAUGGCCAUGUGGCAGAAUACACAGGGAGUGAAAACCAACAGCCAACAGAUCAGAGAGAGGCUUCAAAUGAGGACAGCACAGACUACACAGAGUACACUGAUACGACAAGGAUUCCAAAGAAAAAGACCAGGAAAGACUAUGAAAAUUUAGCUCCUUUUAAAUAUUUUUGCAAGAUUUGUUCAUUUAAGUCCAAGCGAGAAAGUCACUUUGCAAAGCAUAUGAAACUUCAUACAAGCAACACUGAGAUGUUUGAAUGUAAACAGUGUGAUUUUAAGACCAUUCGCAGCAGUACACUUAAGUGCCAUGAGGUUUGUCAUAGUAAAUCUCUCUACAACUGCGAUCACUGCAAAUACCGCUCAACCAGCUCUGUCCUCCUCAGCAAGCAUAUCAAGGUCAAACACCAGCCUUCAGCCUCCGACAAAGGUCGUCAUCCCAGAAACCUACUGUACCUACGCUGUCAGCACUGUUCCUUCAAAACCAUCAAAGCACAAAAAUUUGCCCUGCAUUUAAAAAGUCACGGUGCAACAACACUAAUAUCUGAGGAGACCGCUAAGCUGUUACAGAAAGUGGAGGAGACGUCCACUGUUGAACUGCAGUGUAAUGAUUGUAACUACAAAACCAUGCGCAAGGAACACUUGGCACGUCACAGAAACAAUGUACACUCUGACCUUCGACCCUUUCUUUGUGACCUUUGUGGUUGUUCAUUCAAGCGUGCAGAUACCCUGACAGCACAUAAGGUCACUCAUAUUGACAAGAAGUACCGUGUGUAUCAGUACAAGUGUAAGGAGUGUGAAAAAGACUUCAGGUCACGGGCUCAUCUGUCAGAACACAUGGCCAUGCACUCCAGUUUGAGGAUGUAUUUAUGUGACAUUUGUGGUGUUGGCUUCAAGCGUAAGUCAUGUCAACAGAAACACAUGAAGUCCAUUCAUUUGAAUCCACGUUCCUUCCAGUGUAGAGAUUGCAACAAGAGCUUCAACACGAAGUACGCCCUUCUGCGCCACACCCGAACACAUGACACUGCACUGCCUAAUCAGAUACACACGGAGGAUCAGGUCUCACUCCAACAGAUUCAGAUCACUCAUACCUUCCAGUGUUCAGAGUGUGAGAAAACGUUCCACACUAAAUACACGUUAUUGAGACAUAUGCAGACCCAUGAUCCGACCAUACAGAUUCCCGAGGACCAAGAACAGGAGUCAUUACCUCAAAUUGAGGCACAGAUCGCUACAUUUGAGACACUAGAUGAACAAGCCUUAGACAGCCAGGCAUUGGAUGGUCAGGCACAGGAACUGAGCGUCCAGGACAUCAUCACGGGGGGUCAAGUUCUGGAGGAGUAUGACCAGAACAAUUUGAAUAGCAAUGAGACAGCCAUGGCUACAAUUUAUCUCACCAACCCACUGCCUCUCAAUUUAUCACCAGUAUUAUCUGAGCAGGGCACAUAUAAGUAGGACAUACCUGUGUAUCCAUCUAGUUAACCUUUCAAAUUUUUCAUGGGGAAGAAAUCCUUGUUAAGUUUGUCAGAAAGAACGUUACUUUUGUGACUUUCGGUAGAAACGAUUUUAUUUUGGUGUUCUGAUGCAGAGACUUUGACCUAUCAAUGUAUACAUGCAUGUAGUGUAAAUAGAUUCCUUAUUUACAGUAACUUAUUAGUAACUGCAUGGUUACUAAAGUGUAAAUAGAUUCCUUAUUUACAGUAACUUAUUAGUAAUUGCAUGGUUACUAAGAUCCAGCUACAUGUAGUUCGACGACCCUAGUAUCCUACACAUAAUGGAAAUGGAAAAGAAGCAUUCAAUCCAAAAAAAGUGUUAAUUGCCUCAGAGACAUUAAAUUUUGUUUAUCAUUCAUAUGAGCAAUAAAGAGUCAAUUUUGUUGAUAUAUCUCAGAAAUAUGCAUGUGCAUUGAUGAAUAUAUUAUAAACUACAGGGAAAAAAACAGCAUGAAAAGUUAUCUACUGUAUGAUUUCUUUCAUAUUUACUGUACCACUGCCAUAUAAAAAAUAAUACAGAUGAAAUUAUAAAAAAUAAUACAGAUGAAAUUAUAAAAAAUAAUGCAGAUGAAAUUAUAAAAAAAUAGUGACGUAAAAAAUCAACAGCAGUGUCCUGAGUUGUAAAAUGAAAUGGGCUAAAUCAGACCUCCUCUCAUUAUCCAAAACAAAAUGAAGGGUAGGUUACUGCAUGUACUUAAUAACUACAGUGGGAUUCGAUUCUCAAGUGUUACAGGUGCUGUGGGACUGGGGUCCAUCACAUCCAAAUGUACCAUAUGGAAUUUUGAUGCAUUAAAGACAAGAUAAGAUUUCUUAAGUAUUUCAUUACUAGCAUAAAUAUCCUUAAUUUGUCCCACAUCUUAAGAUAACUAUUUAUUACAUAAUGUACUUAUUGCUUUAAUUGCUUGUGAUAUGUUGAUAUUAUUUGAGUACCAUCUGUGCAUAAUGUUGUAUUUGCACUAAUUGUGUUCGCCUGUAAGGCUGAUGAAGUAUUGUAUUUAUAAAAAUUCUUACCCAGGUAUAUAAUGUUUUCAGGGAGUUUAAUCUGCCUGUUCAUAUUAUGAGAUCCAAUCUACAUAAUAAAAAUACACUUGGCACCAUUGAUUAUUGUUUAUUUACGGCUACAGAAGAUUGUCAGUAAUUAGGAAUCUUGCCCUGUUUAGCUGUGAAGUAAACUGUUUCUCUCAUUUUUGAACACGUAUGACGGACCUCUCCAAGUCUAGUGUAAGAAAGGAAGUGUAGAAAUUGUUAUCUAACACCCUUUUUCAUGUGCAUGACAUUGCAAUGGGAUUACACUGAUGUGACGUCACAAAUUAGGAACAUUGCAAAACUUGGAUGUGGAAAUUGUGAAGUCUUUUCAAGGUUUCUGAGCUAAUUCUUGUGAUUGGAACGAGAGCUAAAUACUCUUUUUUAUAACUGCAGGAUAGAGAAAUGCCACUAUUAAAAUUUUAAGAUUGAUGCAAAAACAUCGGCAAGCCUGUGUUUUUUUUUACCAAAUUUGGAAGCCUUUAGGUUGGAAUUUCCCUAUGCUUUACCCCUGGGCAUGAAAAAGUCUUAUAGUACGUACUAGUGUAUAGUUACUAUUGAAGUUUGUAUGUCUUACAGCUAGGGACAGCUAAGAUCACAGGUGAUAAAUAGUGAAAGUUGUGGCCUUGCCCUGUUGCAAUGCUUUUUAAAAAAUAGCACAAUCCAAUUUUGUUUUUCAAAUUAUGUUAAAUCUGGGACAACGUUAACGCGUUUUUAUAAUUUGUUUCAAGCUUCAUUAAAGUUCUUCUAAGUCAACGAUCAAUUUUGUUUUUAUAUGGAGUGUAAGCAAUGUGCUAAACCAUAUUUUCAUAUUGUAUUGGCCAAAAACAGCUUAAUUGGACUUUGUUAAACUUUUUGGACAAGUUUGCAUGUGCCGUGUUGGAUUGGUCACCACCAUCAAUACGCUGUUGACUAUUUCACGUUGUCUGGUCAUCUCUUCUUUUGAAAUGUACAACAUGUUAGGGUACCCUAAAACCUGGUUAUAUUGCCAUCAAUUGUUUAAAAAAAAUAUUGGCAUUAUAAAGGGGUUUGGCAAUAAAUUGAGGGAAAGGUAUUGAGGAAUUCUCAAGAAAACAUAAUUAAGGGAUCUGAAAAUAAUUUUGCGGUAAGCGAGGUGGCAAAUGCAAUGACUGGUAUUAUAUCAAGGUUUUACUGUACAUGUGUUUCUAUUAAUAUUUGCUUUCUUACAACAUAUAUCACCACUAGGUGAGGUAUGCUGUUCUCCAGCUUGUGUAUCAUUACAGACAGUCAAUAUGAUAAUGACUACAGAAAGUGUACCCUAUUGCAAUGUAACGGGAAGCUAUUAAACAGGAACGGUAUUUAUUUUAGAAGGUUGGUUAUUUUCCACUUAAGACUUUUUGCACUUGUGAGGUCACUUUCUCAUUUGUAGGUAAACAAAAUUUGUCAAAUCCUUAACUAACAUUGUAAUACGACUGUGGAGUGUGGGAUUAAACCGUCAAAGGUAAAAUCUUG